AUGCUUUUGAUCAAGCCUUCCCAAGCAAAUUACAAUGCACCCGUCAGCUCGGUGGAAUUUUACCGCAGGCCGUUGCCCCGACAUUGCAUUGCUUUUUCUUCUCCUGAAGGCAAAGCUCUUUUUCGCGAAUCUUUACUCACAGGGCAUAUGGAAGCUUAUUUUGCGUUAGCUGCACAACUGUGCACACAGGCGGAGCCUGCUUAUUGCGGUCUGGCCACACUGGUUAUGGUUUUAAAUGCACUUGAAAUGGACCCUGGACGAGUUUGGAAAGGCCCCUGGCGUUGGUAUCACGAAACUAUGCUGACCUGUUGUGUGGAUUCCAGCGUUUUGACCGAAGGCAUUGUGAUGGACAAGUUCGUCGAAGUUGCUCGUUGUCUUCGCUCAAAUAUCGCGACUGUUUCACUGCACAUUCCUUCACGUUUUUUUAGCAUUUUAAUUCCUUUUUCGAUUUCAUGCCAAACGGGCACCGGACAUUUUGCUGCCAUCGGAGGGUAUCAUCCUGAACGUGAACUCGUCUUCUUGUUUGACACGGCUCGUUUCAAAUACCCAUCUCAUUGGGUUCCUUUAUCACGCCUUUGGGAAGGCAUGAGUCAUGUGGAUCCGGCGACCCAACAGCCAAGGGGUUAUUUGAUUCUUACCAGGGCCACUGCUGUGCAGAUGAGACCUGAAGAAAUCAAGUGUUCUUCAUUAACAGAGGACUCUCCUUCUUGUCCAUUCGAAAUGAAUCAGUUGACUGAGGACGAAGUGAGAAUAGUGAUGGUCUGCAUUUUUGUAAUAUAG